AUGACAGUCCUGAGGCCCCACGACCACCGACUCUUCCUUGCUCCCUUCCCGCGCCAUCGAUGCGCCGCCAUGGAUAACCCAGCCGCAAUCAAGAUCAGCAAACUCAUCAAGAACAGCGCCUGGCAUCCCUUUGCCUCCGACGGAUCGACUAACAAAAAAGACCAUGCCGGACAGGAUGAGGUUGGUCAAAAUGGUGACAACGCGCAACCCGUCGGCAAGCAGGCGCCGACGAUGAAAGUACUUGCAAUGUACGAGCAGGGCGUUGGCGUGGGUGACGGAGCAGAGGACGAGCCACUGGCCGAUGAGAUUGAGGUGGUAGGUCGAGAAGGAGCACCAGGUCUUGAGGGCCGCGAUGGAGAUCAGGAUGGUAUCGGCGAUGUUCCACCAGUGCUUGGUCGAGUGCUUCUCAUGGUCGCCUUUAUGACUUUGGCCGAAGAUCUCAUGGCAUUCGACGGAGUGGAUGAAUAA